ACUGGGCGCGAUUGGGAACUGCUUUCUACAAAUCGUCAGAGGACAGGAUGCCUUCGCUGACUCUUAGGGGAGUGACAGUGAAUUUCCCCUUUUCUCCGUAUGAAUCUCAGAAGGCAUACAUGAACAAAGUAAUCGAAUGUCUUCAGGAGAAAGUCAAUGGGGUUCUGGAGAGCCCAACAGGCACAGGUAAGACUUUGUGCCUGCUGUGUGCCACCCUGGCCUGGAGGGAGAACUUCAAGGACACCAUGUCUACCUGUAUGAUGGCAGAGAGGCUGGGCCAGGAGAUGUUUCCAAACACACCUAUGUCUUCCUGGGGGACAGCUGACGGUGACAAACCAUCCUACUACACUGAUGUCCCCAAGAUCAUAUAUGCAACGAGGACACAUUCUCAGCUUACACAGGUUAUUAAUGAGUUAAAGAACACUUCAUACAGCCCAAAGGUGUGUGUGAUGGGCUCAAGAGAGCAGUUGUGUAUUAACCAGGACGUCAUGUGUCAGAAGAGCAACCACGUCAAAGUUCAUAUGUGCAGAGGAAAAGUUUCCACCAGGUCAUGUGUCUACUACAAAAAACUUGAAGAAAAGAGCACUGAUAGAGACUUUGUUAGUUCUAUCCUUGAUGUGGAGGAUUUGGUCCAAUUUGGCAACAAGCAGAGAGUCUGUCCUUACUACCUCUCUCGUUCACUGAAACAAGAAGCAGAUGUCAUUUUUAUGCCAUACAACUACCUGCUAGAUCCAAAGAGCCGUAAGGCACUCAGUAUCGACCUGAAUGGAGCUGUGGUUAUCUUUGACGAGGCUCACAAUGUGGAAAAGACAUGUGAAGAAUCAACAUCAUUUGAUCUCACUCCCUACGAUGUAGCCUCAGCCAUUAAUGCUGUGGACAGGCUGCUUGUGGAGCAGUCUAAAGAAAUCAGCCACAGAGACUCUGUGAAUGUAGACUUUCAUGGAGAAACCUCCGCUUCUGGUUUCAAAUUAGGUUUGUCCACCAUUGCAAAAAUCAAACAGAUACUACUGGAUCUGGAAGCUGCCAUUGAUGCCUAUGAUCCAAGUGAUCAAGGCAUUACCAAACCUGGAAUCUUCAUCUAUGAGGUGUUCGAAAAAGCUAAUCUGACCUUCAGCAGCAAGACAGCAGUCUAUGAAGCUCUGGAGCACAUCAUUGGAUACCUGGCACAACAGCCAGGAAUAUUUCUCAAUACUAGUGGACUCCAGAAGCUUUCUGAUAUCAUACAGCUGGUAUUUUGUGGUGAACCGUCAGAAAAGGAGAAACUACACCAGAUGGAAACCAACACGGCUCAUUUCAAGGUUCAUAUCCAUCGGGACACCAGCAUUCACUCAAAAAAACAUAGUGUUGAUAUGUGGGCUUCAGGUUCAUCAAAAAAGCAAGGAAAUAUUCUGAGUUACUGGUGCUUCUCUCCGGCCUUCAGUAUGCAAGAUCUGGUGAAUCAAGGCAUUCGCUGCAUCAUUCUGACAAGUGGUACCCUAUCGCCCCUGUCUUCUUUCACAUCUGAGAUGAGAAUAGAAUUCCCAGUAUGUCUGGAGAACAGCCAUGUGAUUGAGCGCGACCAGAUCUUUGUGGGCGUCAUUGCACAAGGCCCAGAUGGAGUGCCCUUAAGUUCAGCGUUUGAUCGAAGGUUUGUUCCUGAAAACAUGGCAUCUUUAGGCAACACUGUUGCCAACCUGAGUCGUCUGGUUCCUCAUGGACUCUUAGUAUUUUUCCCUUCCUUUCCUUCAAUGGAAAAAACAUUGGAAUUCUGGAGGGCUACUGGACAUGCAAACCGCAUUGAGAAGUUAAAGCCCAUGUUUGUUGAACCUACAGAGAAGGGCACCUUUAAUGAAGUCAUUGAUGGUUAUUACACCAAAGUCAAUGAUCCCCGAUCCAAAGGAGGAGCCUUCUUUGGUGUGUGUCGAGGGAAGGUGAGGAGGCUGUCCAUGGACUCUGCAAAA